AUGGUUAAUGGACUCCAGCAACGGCUGUUUCUGACUGAAAAGGAAGCCUCGGCCAGGCGGGAAGAGCUAGAAGAAUCGGCCUCUCAAGUGGCGAUGUUCGAAUCGAUGGUGAAUGGACUUCAGCAUCAACUGUUGACCAGCGAAAAGGACUCCACUGCGAAACGGGAUCAAUUGCAGGAAUCCAUCACCAACUACAAGCGUCAGGCCGAAGAUCUUGAUCGAGAAUUGCAAGAAGCCAGGGCCAAGAUUGAACAGCUCGAGGCUACGGACACAGCAAAGCCUAGCGAGGACAAAGUGGAGGCAAGACGAGCGAGGCUCUCGCAGAUGAACUGGAAGACGUAUCACAGCGAGAUGGCAGGCGAGGUCCGAGAGUGGCAGGGGCACUGUGUCGCCUUGGAGACACAGAUCAACGAUUUGUCCAAGGAGCUUGAAAAAGUCUCAAAAGCUCUAGCAAGGGCCAGGGACAGAAGCAACGACCCCGACUAUGAGGGUAGCGUCGAGCAACAAAUUGCUGAAUUGGAGUCAACCAUUGAGUCUUUGGAGCAGGAGCUCGAAGACAAACACAUUGAAGCAGAAAAUGCCAUUGCUGAGUGGCAAGAUAGCUACGGAGUGUUGGGAGCAAAGAACGGAGAGCUCGAGGAACAGCUGGCAGCUCUGAAUAUCCAGGUUCAAGAUUUGAGAGACACAAAGCAAGCAGUUGACGCUGAAUUGGACCAGUACAAGUCACUUCAAACCCAAGCCAGUGAAGAAGCAGGAAAGCUGAAGGCUGAGUUAGAAGCUGCCAGCGAUGCGGAUGCAAGCGAGAAGCCUGCAGCCGACGGGGAAGCAGCACUUGAGUUGAAGUCAAAGAUUGCAAAUCUGGAGGCAACUUUGGCGGAGCGCGAGCAAGAGCUUUCGGACCGACCAAAAGAGUCUGCCUUGCAAGAACUAGAAGCUCGCUGUGCCGCUCAGGGCGAAAAGAUAUCGUUGCUGAACACGCAUCUCGAAGAGACCAUCAAGGACCGUGAUGAAGCUGUGGCCAAACUGAAGAGCGCUGAGAAGUUGUCCUCGGCAACCGCAGAUUUCUCGCAGGAAAGCGAACGCCUAACCGAAAAGAUCGCGGAACUUGAAACUCUCGUUGAAGAUCUGAAGAAAGAGCGUGAUACGUCAGUGGCUGCCAUGGAGGAAUCUUCCCGCAGUUGGUUCAGAAAUCUGAGGAAGACGAAGCUGCCGUUGCGCAGUGGAAUGAGAGAAUCAAACAACUCGAGUCUGAACUCGAACGGCAAGAAACAGAAGCGAACGAAGCCAUUGCUGGCUGGGAGUCAAGUUAUUCGAUGGUGCAAGAGAGUCUUACCGGAGCUCAAGCCGAGCUAGAGACCUGCAAGGCAGAGCUUGUUGACUUGUUGAAGGCGC